AUGGUUGUGAAUGCAAAAGAUGCGAGUGAGUUGAAGGAGGAGAAGAAGUAUUUAUGGGCGGAUACAUACCGGCCGGUAGCUCUCAAGGAUUUUAUUUGCAAUAAGGACAAAGCCAUUGAGUUGCAACAUACGAUAAAUGAAGAUGAGUGUCGCCACUUUAUAUUUGAAGGACAAGCGGGUGUUGGGAAAAGGACAAUGAUAUGGGCUUUGCUUCGUGAAGCAUAUGGACCCGAUAAAGUGCAGGCACGAGAUGAAUGCAAAACGUUUAACUUGAAGGUAUACUCUGAACUCUGA